AUGGCUACCCAAAACCUUAGAGAACUGCCAGUUGUCAGUCUGGAUGAGCUAAAAGUCUCAUCAGCAAAGGCUCCUGCCUUGGACCCCCGCCAACUUGAAAGCUGCCAACUCCUUGUUGUGUGUCCCCAGGUCCGAAGAGCCACCUUCCUGUUCCUGCUCUUCUUGCUGUGCUCCUUGACCGAUGCCAAGCAAAUGGUGCCAGCGUGCUGCCAUCAGAAAAGCUGCUCAUGUCGCAUCUUCGAGCUGCUCCAUGGAAUGGGCAACCACGCCGCUGGCAUCCUAACCCUUGGCAAGCGGGGCCGUGCCACAGCCAGGCAGGCCUUCCACAGCCAGCUCUACCGUCUCUUCCACGGCUCAGAGAACCAGGCUGCGGGGAUCCUCACCAUGGGCAGGAGGGCAGCGAGCGAGUGGGCAACGGAGCCCAAGGGGAAUGUCCGCAACAGCACUGCCCAUCUGGCACCAGUGCUAUGUGCUCCAGGGCCCAAUCCUGCUGGAGGCUACUUGGAAAAGGACUUGCCACCCGGACCAAAGACUGGUGCUGUUGAUUCCACUUACUAAGGUGUGUUCAAGGGGG